AUGUUGACGAUACAGUUUGAAAGUGAUCUAUUGGAUAGUUUCCUAAAAAGGAUGUUUGUGAAAUUUGAAUCAGGGGAAGAGUUGUGUAUUGAUCUUGCUGCUUCUACAAGGAAUGGUGCUAUUUGGUUGGAACCAGAACAAAUUAGUUUCAAUGAUACUUUCAUGGGUUUGAAGCGAGAACAGAAAGUUACCUUGUAUAACGACACACAUGAAACAAUCAAGUUCUGUUGGCAUCAGUAUGAGAAUAUCGACCAGGAGCUGGGACAGCUUGGAAGGUUGAAAAAUUGUUUUGAAAACGUCAAGUUAAAUGAAACUAAAAGAUGUGUGCAACUUCAGUACAACGAAAUAUUAACAGAGGAUAACCAUGCAAAUAUAUAUUCAAGAAUAAUGGAAGACCAAGUUGAACUACUGACUCCCAAAGAUUAUUGUUUUAGGAAUAAAAAUUUUGAGAUCAGUCCAUUGGAAGGUGAGCUGUGGCCUGGAGGUAGAUGUUUCAUGACAGUGGUGUUCUCCCCUCACACAGUGGGAUCCUUCUGUUGUACAGCUUACUGCAAUGCCACUGGUGUAGCUCAUAGACUCCCUCUAAGGAUGGGGGGAGUAGGUCUUGGACCAGUUGUCCAACUGAAUUUGAGGUCUUUGGACAUAGGUCCUGUCUUUCUUGGACUUACUCAGAGCUAUGAGAUAGUUGCUGCCAACAAGGGAGAUAUCCCUUGCCGUGUGGAGCAUGUGCUCACCAAUACAGUGUUUGGUGGAGUUUUGACAGUUCAGCCUCCCGUACAAUGUCUGAUGCCUUAUGAAAUAAAGUCUUUCAUAAUAUCUUUCUGCAGUGGAAGGACAGGCUCUUUUGUCGAAGACGUUUUGUUCAAAAUCACUCAGUCUGAGGAAGUUUUGAGAGUCAUGUUGAAAGGCAAUGUGGUGAAUCCCACAAUAUCGUUUGAUUGUGCUAAGUUGGAUUUUGGAAGUGUAGCUGUUGGGUUCCCGCAGACAUUGAGUGUAGGUCUGGUGAACCAGUCCCAGGUGCCAGUAGAGUUUGCUCUCCGUGUACCGAGUGACGGCAGCAGUCCACCCAUCACUUGUCAACAGUUUGCCUCCGUCCCACACAAGCCCGGACUGGUCAGUCACUGUCAGGAGUUCACCAUUUCACCAGACUCUGGUGUCAUCCAACCCAACACCACCCUUCACAUCCAGGUUACCUUGAUCACUAACACAGAACGUAAACACUUGUGUGUAAUGGUGGCAGAAAACAAGAACAGCAAGUUGUUGGAGUCCAUCUCACUGUCGCUAGUGUAUGAGUCUCGUGUAGCUGCCGUCACGUGUAGCCCACCUCAGUUGGUCUUUCGCUUUUCCUUCAUAAACUACCAGUACACUGCCGACAUCACGUUAACAAACACUUCAACUCUGCCUGCAUACUUCUACAUUCCUCCACAAAGUGUAUCAGGGGCCCUAGCAUUGCUCGAUGGUGUUUCAUUUGUUUGGGAGAUUGCCCAAGCCGACACAGUUUUGUGCUAG